AUGAAUACCAAUAAAUCUUAAGAAACAUCUCAGUCAUAAGUUAUAUUCAUAAUGGAAAGUCAACUAUAACUGACUGUUUGCUAAAUAAUUCUGGACUAAUUUCAAAUUAAUACGACAUAAAAUUAUACCAAUACUAAAGAGUAGUUUUUGAUAUAUUUGUUGACACUUCAGCACAUUUAGACUUUAGUUCAGAAGUAACAGCUGCUCUUAGAGUAACUGAUGAUCCUUUUAGUGGUAGUGGAUUAUGUGGAAGGAGUCUUUUGGUAUACUGAGACGAUUUUGAGAAAAGUAUUGUAAGAGAAGAUAAAGCCUAUAUUGAUGAUUAAUGAGAUUGGUAGUCUAUAUUGGAAUUAUAAAAUGAUUGUAAAAAAAUGUAUCAGAAAUUCGCUAUUAUAAUUGAUAAUGUAAAUGUGAUUAUUUCAACUUAUGAAAAUAAAGAUAUAUCCAGAUCAUGUUUCAGUAUGCUUUGGAUUAGGAAAAAAACCUUGGGCUUUUUGAUGUACUAAAUUUGCUCUUAUCUAUUCAAAAAAAUUCAAAUGUUGUACCACCAAAACUACAAGAAAAAUUUUGGGGUGAUAAUUAUUUCAUUGUUGUGUCUAAAUGUUGGUGGAAGAAAAGCAAUGAUGAUUCAGGAAAAUAAUUACAAAGUGCAUUUACUGCAUUCAUAAUAGAUCAAUCUGUAAAUUGGCUAAUUCAAUCAUAAAAGGAAAUAGCCAAUAAAAUGUUCUAUAUCUUGGGAUUGGAGCUUACAUAGGAGGAAUAAAAAUUGAGUGGUAAAUUUCUCUUAAAAGCAGUCAUGUCUAAGUGGAUUAAUAUGGCUGAUACUUUGAUUAAGAUGAUUAUUUGCCAUUUGCCUUCAUCUGAAGAGGCAAAGAAGUUUAGAACAUCCUUUUUGUAUGAAUGUCCUUAAUACGAUACCAUAGCUUUAUUUAUGUGAGAAUGUGAUUCUAGGGGACCCUUAAUUAUGUAUAAUUCAGUUAAAUUACGUAAAAAAAACUGAAAUGUAAUCAUUAAAUUAAAUUUGAAAUUAUAAUAUGUAUUGUUGAUUUUUGUACAAAAUUUUAUAACCAUUUUUUUAUACCAAAUUCUAAUUUAGUCGAUUUUUUGCUUUUGGUAGAGUUUUACAGGUAGCAUAAGUACAAGAUAAUUGAUUAGAAUAAUGGGUCCAAAUUAUAAGCACGGGAAGAUAGAAGAUUUAUUUGA